UCAUCCAUCUGCCUGGACCUCCCAAAUGCUGGGAUUACAGGCGUGUGCCACCGAGCCUGGCCAAACCAGUACCUUCUUAAGGUGCUUGAUCAAUGUCGAUUCUUUCUUCCUCCUUGGACCUUUUCAUCUCCCAGAAAUCACCCCUGUGGUCUCCAUUGCCUACAAAGUCCUAGAAGUUUUCCCCAAAGGCCGCCGGGUGCUCAUAACCUGCCAUGCACCCCAGGCACCACUGCCCAUCACCUAUUCCCUCUGUGGAACCAAGAACAUCGAGGUGGCCAAGAAGGUGGUGAAGACCCACGAGCCGGCCUCUUUCAACCUCAACAUCACACUCAAGUCCAGUCCAGACCUGCUCACCUACUUCUGCCAGGCGGCCACCACCUCAGGUGCCCAUGUGGACAGUGCCAGGCUGCAGAUGUACUGGGAGCUGUGGUCCAAGCCAGUGUCGGAGCUGCGGGCCAACUUCACUCUGCGGGACAGAGGGUCAGGCCCCAGGGUGGAGAUGUCCUGCCAGGCGUCCUCGGGCAGCCCACCCAUCACCUACAGCCUGGUCGGGAAGGACGGGCAGGUCCACCUGCAGCAGCGACCACGCCACGGGCAGCCUGCCAACUUCUCCUUCCUGCCGGGCCAGACAUCGGACUGGUUCCAGUGCCAGGCUGCAAACAGCGUCAAUGUCCAGCACAGCGCCCUCACACUGGUGCCCCCAGGAGAGUUACCCAAGGCACCCACCAUCGUGCUGGCCGGCAGCCUCGCCUCCAUUGCGGCCGUCACCUCCGGGAUGCUGGGCUGGACCACGUGGGCCAGGUCAUGACCAGAAGAUGGAGGACUGGCAAGGUCCCCUGGAGCACCCCAUCCUUGCCUUGCUGCCCUAUAGGAGCACCGACCAUCUGAGUGAAGAGGAGCUUGGGGUGUUCAGGACAGGGAAUGGGGAAGUCAGAAGAUGCAAAGCAGCAGCCAUGUAGAAUGAACCGUCCAGAGAGCCAAGCACGACAGAGGGUCGCAGACCAUCGGCGUGCACUGUUCGUAUUUGGAGUUCAUGCAAAAUGAGUGUGUUUUAGCCACUCUUGUCACAAAAACAAAACAAAACCAAAAAAAUGGGUAACUAUGAGA